UUACGGCCGCCGCCGCGUGGGGUGCUGGGAAAUACAGUUCAUCCGCGAGGCCUUCGGCGACAGGACUCCGCGAACGGACUACAAGGCCCUGCGUGCAUCGCUCAACCGCGGGCCUACGGCCAUCCAGAAAAGGCCGGGCGGGAGGAGGAGCGACCCGGAGAAUCGUCCCGGUGGGCGGGAAUUGGAAGCUUUGGGCGCAGUCCCGGAGAGGGAAUCGGCAAAGAGCGAAUCUGAUUUGAGAUCUGAGCGCAGACCCGAACCAGGAAAGCAACUCAGAUGCGAGCGCUCCGAGGGGCGGAGCGAAGCGGUACCCGCCCCCUGGCGGCCCGGGCCAGUCAGCGCGGGCGUCGAGCCGGCCAAUGAGCGUAUGCAGGGGCCGGCCGGGGAACCAGCUAGAGGCCGCUCGGGAGGCGGAGCUCCGAGCGCGACCCGGAGGGAGACGCGGUGGCCGCAGCCAUGGGCGCUGGGCCUGCGGGGGGGCGCGAGGACCUGCGGGGCCGGGCGGGAGAGACAGCUGCCGGGACCGGCCCUAGACGCUGAGCCGCGGUGGGAUCCCCGCCGGCUCUGCGAGGCCCUGCGAGCGCCAGGGAGGCGCCUCGAGGGAGCCGGGCAGCCGCCGUCCACUUUAGGGGGCCCCGUCUCGCCGUCUGGGCGGUCGAGAGGGCCUUGGGGGCACAUCUGGGGGUGCGGUGACCCGCCUGGCGUAUUGCGGGGGUCAGGGCGCGUUUGCCAGGGGACAUCUGGAGCCCGGCGCCGCCUCUGUCGGGCCCCAGGGCACCCCUGGAUGGCUGCGCUGUGCCCUCGCCGGCCGCCCGGGCGCCGCAGAGGCUGAGUUCGCCGGGAUCGCCGGGCCGCCGCCGCCCUUACCACCCGCUGCAUGCUGGGCGCCCGGGUCGCGGCCCACCUGGACGCAUUGGGCCCCCUGGUCCCCUACGUGCCGCCGCCACUGCUGCCCUCUAUGUUCUACGUGGGCCUGUUCUUCGUCAAUGUGCUGAUUCUGUACUACGCCUUCCUCAUGGAGUACAUCGUCCUUAACGUGGGCCUUGUCUUCCUGCCCGAGGACAUGGACCAGGCGCUCGUGGACCUCGGCGUACUCUCCGACCCCGGCUCGGGCCUUUACGAUGCUGACUCGGAGCUCGACGUCUUUGAUGGGUACUUGGAGUAGGGUCUCGACUGCCGUUCCCCUCUUCCCUGGAGCCGCAACCCACGCCCUGGACCAGCCGCCCAGAUCAUGCCGCCGCAGCUGGUUGGGGGCACCAUCUGGACCGAGAUGGUUCCCCAGGAGGAGAUCCUCCCCUGCCUCCGAGGCCUGUAAGUGCCGUCUCUGAACAGGAUGAGGGCGGUCUGGGGCGCUGGCAAGGGAGAAGGAGACAUCCUCGGGCCGGAUACACACCCCUCCCUCAGGCUUCUCCUCCGUUCACCUCCUCCAGGCCUGCUCCCCUCAAAAGCUUCGUGCCAACAGAGAGGUUCCUGUUUGGACCCAGGAGAGUAGAAAAGAGAUUGGGACUGAGUGCUGAGGUUGGGAAGGCACCUGCUCCCACAGAAGUGGGAACGCAAGGGACGUCCCAAGACCUCAUCUGCCCGCAGCGUCACACCGAUGGCCUGGCCUUGGCUUCUGAUUAUUUGCAGCUGCGAUGGAAGUUUACAGGAACCCAGCCAGUGUUUGCCUCCCUGCACUUCACCCCGGAGCGCACCUACUUCCCCCACUUCACCUUCAGAGAGGACGCUUCAAACUGCGGACACACGCAAAAGCAACUCCCAGCUCCGUUUGAUGUGAGUUGAGCCUUCAGGCCAGCUGGGUUUAGCCCGAGGCUGGUCUCAGAUGCAGCGGCUGUUGCAGGGAGUGACUCAGAAGAAAAAGCUGAGGAAGCUGUCGGCGGCUGAGGGUGGGAUUCUCGCUUCUUCGUUUCAGGUUACUCGUUCUUCAGCAAGUUGACAAAACAGACAUCAUGCUGGGGAGUGCCGCAUUACUGCCCUGGCUGGAAAGGCUUUUCUGAAAGUAUGAGUGUUGUGCCUACUUAAUUCUGAUAAACCUGUUUAAGCAAUACUUAGGAGGCUGACUUCUUUGGAUUAAAAAAAUGUAUGCAACUCCAA